AUGUCGAAUCCUCGGGCAUUAUCUACUCCUGAGCAUUCUUUUUCAGGUCCAAAAGACGCCGAAAAUUUAAACCAGAAAAUUACUGAUGUAAUUAUGACCCAAGAGUCCAAAACACCAAAAAAUGUCACACUCGACAAACUCGAACAAAAUAAUGAUAGUUUUGCUGAUUUUUUCUGCCUAGAUCCACAACUUAUUGAUUCUAUAGAUCAAUAUUUAUAUAAUAGUAAUAAUUCUAUAGAUAGUGCUAAUUUUAAUACCAUUCAUACACCCAUUCUCACACCUAAUAAUUCUAAUUCAAUUAAUAAUAACAAUAAUUCCAUCAAUAAUAAUAAUAAUUCAAUUAAUAAUAUUAAUAAUAAUUUAUCGGAUAAUGUGAAUAAUAAGAAUAAUGAGAUUGAAGAUGAUAUAAUAAGAAAAGGAUCAAGAAAAUUAUUUAUUGAUGAUAUUUUGGAAAAUGUAAAGACUUUAGAUUCUAUGGAUAAAAAUAGUCUUAAAAAUAAUAAUUUGGAUCUUGAAAUUACAUCAACUCCUGAUGAUAAAAUUGAUGAUAUUGAAUUUAAUCUUUCACACUCCAGGAAAAUUAGUAAAGAAAUUGAUUCAGAUAAUGAAAUUACUGAUACUAGUAAUACUUCCGUUACGGUGUCAGGUACUACGGCCACAAAUAAUAAGGGUACUAGUAAGGAUAGUAUUACUCAGGAUACUAAGGGUAUUAUUAGUACUAAUACUAAUACUAAGGAAGCCCCUUUCGGGGCUGAGGGAACUGGUGGCUGUGGACCUCACACCGUAACGGAGGAAGAAGAAAGUGAUGAAGAUGAAGAUUAUUUUGAAGAAUGUAUAAUAUGUAGUGAAUCGAUGAGAAAUGAAUUAAAGAAUGAAAUUGGAAUUUUGGAUGAAUGUUUUCAUAUAUUUUGUUUUAAAUGUAUUAAAACUUGGGCUGACAGGACUAAUUUAUGUCCUAUUUGUAGAAGAGAAUUUACUUACAUUAGAAAAAUUAACCUCUAUUAUAUACAAUAUCUUAUUGAUCAUAAUAAAUCUAUUAUUAAUAAUAAUAUUACUACUAAUACAUUUUUAUCAAAUAAUUCCUCCGUAACGGUGACUGGUCCACCAAACAGUAACGGACCUGGUACUAAGGCUACUGAGGUUACUAAUAUUAAUAGUACUACUAAUACUACGGGUACUACUGGAAAGAGAGCUAAUUCUACAGCCACGGAGUGUACCACCCCUGGAAAGGGAGCUAAUUCUAUGGGUACAGAGUGUACUACGGAGAAAAUUCCUAAUACUUUUGCUGUUGUAACUAAUUCUAGGGAGUCAGGUACUUUUUCAGUGGAUACUAAUACUAAGGAUACUACGGGUGCCGUUGGAGCAAGCACCGUAACGGGUGAAUUAGAUAUAUUUGAAUUAUUUAAAUAUAAUAUAAAUUCUAAUUCUAUAACAUCAAACAAUUCAACUACAGUUACUGGUGGUAAAAAAUUAAUUUGUAAUAGAAAGAAUAAAAUAUCAAGAUUAAAAAAGAUAAUUAAUGUUAAUAGGAAUUGGUAUGAUUUGAUACCAUCAAAUGUAAUAAGAGUACAAAAGAGGAAAUUGAAAUCUGAUGAAGAUGAUGAAGGUUGUCAGAUAUGUGGAAAUGAUGAUAACUGGAAUCAACAAUUAUUAUGUGAUAUUUGUGAUAAAGGAUAUCAUACAUAUUGUUUAAAUCCACCACUUACUACAAUUCCUGAAACUAGUUGGUAUUGUCAAUUAUGUCUAUCUAAUAGACCAGAACUUUGUAAUUCUUCCGUUACGGUGACUGGUACCACGGCCAGUACAGUUGUACCUGGUACCAGUAAUACCACUACUACUGAAGUUACUAAUACUAAUAAUAAUAAUACUAGUACUAAUACUACUAUUACUAGUAGUAGUAUAAAUAAUAGAAGUAGUAGAAGUAGUAGGAGAAAUAGUGUGGAUAGGAAUUCUAUAUCAGAUUUGGAAGAUGAGAAUAUGGAAAUGAGAUUAAAUUUACUAUCACAAGUUUAUAGAAAUUUAAAUAAAACUAAACGAACUAAAAAAUCAAAUUCUUCCGUUAUGGUGACUGGUACUACGGGUACUAGUACUGGUACUGGUACUACUAGGAAUCGUACUAAGAGUACCAAUACUACUCCUAAUACUAAUAAUAAUACUAACAGUAGUAGUAAUAAAAGUACUAAGAGUAAAAAGAAAUCAAAUAAAAAUCAAAAAACUACCAAAUCCAGUACCUCCAGUAACUCCGUUAGUACUAGUAGUAGUAGUAGGAAUAAUAUUAAUAAGAUAACAAAUGUAGAAGAAAUGUAUAGCGUAAUAAAUAAUAAAAGAAUUGAUGAAUUAAUACAAGAAUCUAUUGAUACUAUUGAUAAUUAUCUAAUUAAUAAUAUUAAUAAUACUCCAAAAGCUAUUACUACUCCCGGAAAGGGAGCUAAUUACACUUUUGGUACUAAGGGAAAGGGAGCUAAUGACACUUUUAGUACUAUGGGAAAGGGAGCUAAUUUUAUGGGUACAAAGUGUACUACUACUAAUACUAGUAAUAAUAGUACUACUAAUAAUAAUACUAGAAUGAAUCUAUUUAAUACAAGAUAUCCAAAUACUUUUACUACUAAUACCAGUACAAGUUAUACUAAUAGGAACAUUAAUAUGAGGAACAAUAGUUUUAAUAGAAAUUUCAAUAGUAUGAGGAAUAGUAAUACAGGAAUUAGGAAUACUAAUUCUAUGAGAAAUAACAAUUUUACCAAUAGAAAUAAUAAUAAUUUUACUAAUAGAAAUAUUAAUACAGGCUAUACCAAUAGGAAUACUAAUAAUAUGAGUAUGAAUGAAAUGGAUGAUAAAAAGUAUACAUCAUUUAUAUAUAGAUAUAAAACAAUAAAUGAAGAAUAUGGUAAUUCAACAAGUUCAAAUAUUAUAAAUAAUAAAAAUGAUAAAUCUGAACCACAUAUUAAUGGAAAUACUGUUAAAUAUCUCUUCUAA